AUGAGCGAUGAAGACAUGAACGGGAGGCAGAAAAAACGUCAUCUUCCCAAAGAAAAAGUAUCUAAAACUGAGCUCCCUUCUUCUAACAAUAAGAAAAAGCAACGAAAGUUAAACUCAAAAAAUAAUUUAAAGUGUAAUCCCAGGAAUGCUUCAAAGAAGACUUCCAAGAGAUCAAGUCUUCAUUCGAUAGAUAUUAAUUCAUUAUCCAAUAUUUCUCCAUCAAGUUUGACUGAUACUUGUGAAUCAAUAAAGAGGGAUGAGAUAAUACCCAAUGAACAAAAAGAUGCCAUAUCUUCCGGUGAGAAGAUCUCUAAUGAGAUGGAAGCUACGUUGAAUGAAAAGAUUUGCAAUGGAAGUUCUAUUAUUAGAAACCAUUCCACACAAAAUAUUAAAGAUCCUAAUUCUGGUGCAUCAAAGGAGAUACAAUUUAAGAUUGCCAAAACCGAGAUUCUAGAUUCACUCCAUUUACAUUCAAUUUUAAUGUUCAAAGAUAUUAAUAAAUUAAAUAAUGAUAUCAAUAAGAUCGAUUCUCAAUUGAAAUUAUUAACCCAUCUUCAUAAUGAUAAAAAUUUAAUUAAAAAAAUCAAAACUUCUCGUAAGGAUUUAAUUGAAAAUGAUAAGACUUAUAUAAAUUCCAAUUCAAUUAACGAUUCAACAUUUCAGAUUGAAAGGAAUCAAAGAUUAAAUAUAGUUGCCAAAUUGUUGAAGAAACUCAAGGUUUUAAACAAAACUAACCAUUCUCCCAAUGACAAAGAUAAAACUUCAAAUAACCACGACGGUAUUAUAACACCAUUUCUUAACAAACACCCUUUUACGACAACUUUUAAUGAUUAUAAAGAAUGGAUUGACAAUAUGAAUCCUAAUACAAAUUAUAGAAAUAAUAUUCCAUCUGCAUUUAAUUAUAGUGCAUCUAAUUCAUUAAAUAACAUUCAAAUUCUUAAUUCUAAUGCAAAUACAAGAUGUAGCACACCUAUCCAACAUCCAUAUUUAACUAGAAGUAAGAGUUUACAUAAUAAUUCCAUUAAUGCUACUUCUAUGAAUUCUUUAGACAUGAUAAACAACAACAAUAACACUAAUAAUCACAGCAGCAUACUACAAGAUACGAAUUUAAAUCAAAAUAUAUUCAAUAAUAGUAACAACAACAUCACAUUAUGCUCAAACAAUAAUAAUAAUAAUAAUAAUAAUAAUAAUAAUAAUAAUAAUAAUAAUAAUAAUAAUAAUAAUAAUAAUAAUAAUAAUAAAAAUAAUAAUAUCAACUUCAAUCUACUUGAGCCUACUCCCAGAUUUAAUUCACAUCAUAAAAGAAAUUACAGUAGCUCUUGCUUAUCCAGUAAUAGUGGGAUUGUUGGUAAAACCGAUGAUAAUUUAUCAAUAUUUCAAAGGUAUGAUGGUAUAUUGGUAAUAAUUACAUGCUCAAUUUGCAAGCGUAAUGAUUUUUCAUCUCCACAAGGUAUUGUAAAUCAUGCAAGAUUAAAACAUUCCAAGAAUUACCCAAAUCAAUUAGCUGCAGUUCUAUCAAAUCAAACACUUUUAACUGAUAAAAAACAAGACCCUUCAGUUUUAGAAAAAUUUAAAGAUUUGGACCUUGAUCCAAAAUUCGAUUAUUUACCUUCUGAAAUAGCUUUACCUAACAAUUCCUCAAUCACAAAACAAUAUCCACCAAUUACUUUCUCAGCUUCACAAUCGAUGAAUUCUUCAUCAAAUUCAUUAUCAACAAAUAACCAAUUGAAAAGAAAAAUUAAUUCUUCAUUAAUAAAAUCAAGUAAUUCAAAUAAGGAUCAUAUACAAUUAAGCACUUUGGAGAAAAUUAAAGUAGAACCUAGUGAUAUACCUCAUUUAAAAGAUUUGUAUGAGAGUUAUGGUUUAACUAAGAAAAAUAAGCAAAUAAAUGAACAAGUAAAACAGGAAGAUUUUGAAGAUUUGGUUCAAAUGAUCAAUGAUGCUUCAAAAGAUUCUCAUGAUAUCCAACAACAACCUGAUAAUUAUACUGAUUCACAAGAAGACAUUGAUAGUGAGUGUAAUACUAAAGACAGUGAUGAAACUAAAGACAGUGAUGAAACUAAAGACAGUGAUGAAACUAACGAGUCGAAUUCACUCUCAAAUAUCGUUGAAAAUGGCUCAUCUUCUUAUAUCCUUGGCACACCGCAACCUGGAAGAAAUUCAUCGCCCAACGAUGAUUUAGAACCAAUCUCAUCAAGACCUAUAUCUAUUGGCUCAGAUAUUCCAGCAUUAUUUAAUGAACAACCUUCUAAAAUAAAUUUAAGGAUUUCGAAGUCUCGCGGGAAGGAAAGGUCCUCUCAACAUGAUUCAAAUACUAAUACAAAAACAAAAUCAACUCCUAAUGUGGAAAUAGAAGUUAUUGUACCAGAAUAUGAUAAAAGAUCAUCUCAUUAUAAUCUAAGGGCAAAAUCAAAAUUGAAGUCAAACACUCAUUUUGAAGGGUAA